UCAAAUGUCUGCUUUGUGUUAUGACUUAUUGUUUGUUGUUCUAUUUUUCUAUAAAUCUAAUUUCUAAUACUCAACAAUCACGCUUUCAGUAUUUUAAGUUAAAAUUAUUUUAGAAUACUAUUUAUAAUUUUGAACAUCCUAAUUGAUUCAUCAAAUCAUUAGUUCCCUUAACGAUAUGGUGGAAGAAGACGAAUAUGCGUGUGUGAAUAGAAGCCAGCUUAAAAUCAAGGAUAAUUCUGGAAUCAAAAAGAAAAAGAAGAAGAAAACCAAUAAAGAUACAGAGAAAAUGAUGGAAGCGGAUGUAAAACAACAGAUAAAACAACAAGCACCAGAAGAUAAACGUACAAAAGCAGAAAUUACUUUCCAGAAAAUGCAAGAAAAAAUGCAAAAGCAGAGGAUCAAACAAAAAGCAGAAAUGACUCACAAGCAAAGAGUGGAGAAAUUCAAUCAACAUCUGGACAGUCUGACUGAACACUUUGAUAUACCAAAAGUAUCUUGGACAAAAUAAUCUGUAUAUAUUAUACAUACUUAAUGUAUACUUCUAAUUUUAUU